AUGGCGCGCACGAGCGCGUUCGUACGACACGCGGAGAAGCAGGCGCGCUCGAUGCGACGCCGACUGCGGCGGCGGAGCCUGCAGGAAAAACACGCCUCGAGCGCGGACGCGAGCGAGCGAUGGCUUUAUCCGAGCGAGCGGCGACGCGGCGACGAUGGCGGCGUGUUGGACGACGGCGUGUUGGACGGAAUGUCGUCCGAUGGUGUGUCCGACGGUUUAGUCCGCGAAUUGCGCCCGCGUCGCGUUCGGCCGGAGGGCGUCGGCGGCGGCGUCGAAGUCGCUGCGCGCCGCGUCCCGCUCGUUCGUCGCCGCGGCAGCGGCGUCGUGCGGUUUCGCUCGACGCAGCUGUAUCCCUCGGCGGAGACGGAUGCGAACACCGACGAGACGACGGAGGUGAAGCGCGGUCACGCGCGCGCGGGAUCGUUCAGCGCCGCGGACGCGACCGAGCGACGCGUUUCGAUGCAUUCGUACGACGCCGGCGGCAGUCUCGCCGCCUCCGGCGCGGGAAGUCGGGGAGGAUUCGUCUUCUCCGCGAUUGGGUUCGCCACGGCGGCGCCAUCAUCAGACGCGUCGCCUCACGCGCUCGCGCUCGGUUCGCGCGUCGCGCCUCCGACGACGACGCCGCCGCCGACGUGCGCGCCGCCGCUGAGACUCGAGCCGCCGAGGGCGACGACGAGCAGAGGCGACGCGCGCUCGCGGAACGACGCCGACGACGACGAGCAGAGGCGACGCGGAGACGCGGUGUUUCUCUCCUUAGAGGGUAUCGCUAAAGAUGCUCCCGCGCUCGUCCUCGAAAAGUCGGCGCCCGCGCCCGAUGUGGCGCCCUCCGCGUCGUUCGAGAGGCGGUUCUCGUCGCUUCGACGCGACGGGCCGACGCCGCGCGAGGCGAAGACGCAUCGACGCUCCGCGAGCGGGGGAAUCCCGUUUCCGUCGCCUCGAGCGGUCGCGAGCGACGACGGCGGCGGCAUCGACGACGAUGUGUUCGCUUUCGAAGAGCGGUCUGCGUCGGUCAAAACCACCGGGGCGAUCGGAGAGAGAUCAACGGGGGAGGACGGCGCCGACGCCGCGCCUUUCUUCCCCAGCGCGUCUUCGAAGGACGCGAAAGACUCCUCGUUCUUCGGUUCCCUUUUCAACGGCCGCUCGCGGCGCAAGAGCGUCGGAAUGAAGCCAAAAUUGGAUUCGCGAAGAGGAUCCCAGCGAGGCGGAUCCGUGCGCGGCGUGAACGAAGGCAUCGGCGCGACGGCGACGGCGGCGACGUCGAAGCGCUCCGCCGGCGACGAAGGCGGCGGCCGGGCUCCGUCGCCGACCGAACCCGAUCCGUCGUUCGGGAGCGUGUUCAACGGGUGGCUCGCGGCGUCGUCGUCGUUCGUCGGCGCCUCGACGCGGACGGCUAACGACGCGGGGGGUGAUCUCGAUCGAUCGAGCGCAUCUCGCGGCGAAGAAGAAUCGGCGUUCGACUCGGCGCCGUCCACCGCGCGCCGGGACGCGCCGUGGGAACGCGGAUCAGCGGGGUCUUCCCCGCCAGGUUCCCCCGCGAGGGGCGCGAGGUCGGCGCCGAUCAGUCGCGAAGGGUCCGCGCGAGCAUCCCCAGACGGUAAGAUGUUCGCGUCGUCGUUAAGAUCGAGUUCUUUUGAUGUUUCAAACCCUAAACCUGCGCCGACGGCGGCGAAGGCGGCGGGGGACGACGACGACGACGACGACGACGACGACGGGACGCGCGCGUUUGAAACCAAGAGCACGGAACUGUGGUCGCUCGCCGCGGCGAGCGCGCCGAUGUCGUCCCGCGCGGCCGCGGCGAGGGCGGCGAUCGAAUCCUUCCCUACUCGCUCUUCUCGCGGCGGCUGCGCGGAGUCCGACGAUUCGGCGAUGUCGCUCGCGGCGAUCGACCUCGAAGGCGUCCUGCACGCCAUGGAGGUUUGGGGUCGUGUCGUCCCGAAAAAAACAGCCGCGCGCUCACCCGGUUCCUCGCUGACGCUCGCGCACUUAGCCGAAGAGUCCGAGACGAGCGCGGGAUCCUCAGAGACGCCAUUCGACGGCGACGAACCUGGCUCGGGUGAGGAGACGGAGAGGCAGCGUGGAGACGACGCGGACGCAGAGAGAGCCGCCCUCUCCCCCGAGGAAGAAGCGGACCGCUCGCCGACGACUAAAGACCCGGGGUUCACGCGCGCGCUUCACGCCGCCGCACACGCGGCUGUAUCUUCCGGCGACGCGGUCGCGAUCACUCGGGUGUUGUCAUUGUCGAAGCGCGCGGGGUGUAGGCUCCCUGGCGGCGCCGCGCUGUGGGGGGACGUCCGCGUGUGGAGGGGGAUCGAGCUCCCGACGGUUCGCCACGGCAGCGACGACGACGACAGUGGCGACGACGGCGACGGCGACGGGCACCGCGAAUGGCUCGUUCCCGGGUCGACGCGCGUGCGCCGUCGAAGGACGCUCGCCUUGAUGAUGGCGUCGAUCGGUUUACCCGCGCACGCGAUCGCGUCGGUGCUGUCCCAGCUGCCGCGCGUGGACGCGGAUGAAAACACCGCCGUCUCGGCGGACGGCGGCGGAUAUUUCCAAAACGCGCAACUCGCGUCCGUUGACGCCGUCAGACCGAAAUCUCGCGCUGGGUGGGACGCAAAACCGGCGUGGAAUAGCUACGGGACGAAGGCAGGGUCAGGCGCGAAGACACCGCGCGCGAACGCGGACGCGGACGACGCGGGCGCGAGAGGCGCCGCGGGAGCAGGAGGCGUCGCGGGCGCCGCGCCGCGGGGAAAAGAAAAAGAAAACAUCUCGCCGUCUCACGCGUCCG